UACCUCCUUCCCAGAAAGAUGACUUUCUCAGGCCUCUGCUAUCCAGAAUGCGGGGUGGCCCGGCCCAGUCCAGUCACUGGCAGCUGCAAUGAGCCAUGCGUUCGGCAGUGCCCUGACUCCGAAGUGCUGAUCAGACCCUCACCGGUUGUCGUGACCCUCCCAGGACCAAUUCUCAGCACUUUCCCUCAGCAGAGCGGAGUGGGAGCCAUAGGAGCACCUGUGGUUGAACCCGGUUUUGGGGGCUCAUUGGGUCAUGGGGGAUUGUACAGCUAUGGAGGCCAUUAUGGAGGAUUGUAUGGUUUAGGGGGAUAUGGUGGUUACGGCGGCCGUUACGGUUAUGGGGGAUUGGGCGGUUAUGGUUAUGGGGGAUUAUGUGGUUCUGGGGGAUUAGGCGGUUACCUGGGUGGUUAUGGUUAUGGGGGAUUAUGUGGUUCUGGGGGAUUAGGCGGUUACCUGGGUGGUUAUGGUUACGGGGGAAUAUGUGGUUCCGGGAUAUCUCGCCAUAGGUACCUCAGUGGAAGCUGUGGGCCAUGCUAAAUCCAGCAGGAAGAUCCGUGGAUGAAGGAAGAACCAGGAAUUGAACAGCAAGAUACAGAUUCACCCCUGACCUUUUGGGCAUGGCUUUCAGAAGUGCUGUGCAAACAUGGCUCCAGUUGAGCUCAGUGGGAGCUGUGUUUGCUCAGCACCUGGGUCUGAUAGCCAUGCUGCAUUUCUAAUGUUACGCUUUAUGACUCUUUCAAGGCUUUGCCAGUGGAGUGCUGAUUUUCGUAUUCACAUUUGGACUCAUUCUGAAUAACACACAGGCUGUUUACAGUAACUCCACAGUUUAAAGGAAAUAGGGGACUUAAGACAGGCAUCAGUUACAUUUAUUAUCAUUUUAAGUCCCUUGAGCAAGGGAAAAAGAGACCUUGCUGUGAAGGAGAAUUAGACCCCAUCUGUUCUAUCCUUUCCAUCAAUACGUAUCUUUAGUGUUUCGCUUUGACCUUCUCUGCAGCAGACAUUUAACUGAGAAGCUGUGUAGUCCUCUGCUUCUGUUUUGCUUUGUCUCACUUCCCACUGACUGAGGGAAUAAAAGUCACUGAAAAUGGUUGUGAAGGGAACUUGUUUGUCCAGCUCUGCAGCUGCAACAACAAAAAAGCACAUCUUGUGUGAAAUACUUCCCAUUUAGGUGGGUUUUCGGUUGCAGCCCUUCUUGAAAAACUGAAAAUAUGUUCCUUCUGUUCACGUAUUUUUCCUGUAACUGUGUACUGCCAAUGUCACUCACAUUAAAAACGCUGAUGCAUCGUUA